AUGCACUCUGAUCACGACGACGAGACACCUGUGAGUAAGAAACACGAUAAAACCGAUACACCCUCUGAUGUUGCAAUUAAAAUCGAAAAUUCUGAAUCUGGUAUUGAUAAAAAAGUUGAAAGCAAAGAUCCGAAACCACGUAUUGUAUUGACUUUUCGUUCUGAAAAAUCCGGAGCAAAGAACAGCAAUAUGAAAAUAGUUUCCACAGAAGAGAAACAUGAAGAGAUUUCGCCUAGACGCUCAAACCGAAAUCGUAGUUUGAGGUGGGAGUCAGAUGAAGAUAAUGAUUCCUUGAGCAUGUCUAAAAAAGAACUAAGCAUUAGUCAGUCAGUAUCGGAAAAUGAUGAGGCGUCAGACAGCUCACAUACUACACUUAAACGUUCCACAAGACGUCGCAGCAAGGAAUUUUCUGAAAAUUUACUAGCUAAUGCUAUCGCCAGAAAGGAAAAGUCAUAUAAUGAAACCUAUUCGGGUCCCACUCAACGCUUGUCCAGGAGAAUUAAGCCUACUGCUAAAAUUUUAGCUAAUGAAGAAUUGAGAAUGGGUCUUGAGUCACAAAAUAAUGCACGCCUUGGAAUACAAAGUGAGAAAUCUAACGAGGAGGGUGUGAGGACUAGACGAUCAGCAUAUUCUAAAAAUUAUGACAAUACAUCUAUUGAUAGAAAAACAGAGAAACGUCAUAAGUCUCUCCGAGAAGAGAUGAAACAAGUUAAGUCUGCAAGCUGUGAUACUUCGACAUCUGAAUUGAAAGCUAAACACUUGUGUAAGCUUGGCUUAAAAGCUAUCAGUAAUGUACCUGAUGAUGAACAGUCCGAAGAAAAUGAAAACAGAAGUGAUGAAAAUGAUCCUGAAGCUAUGGAAGAAGAUGAAGAAAUUGAUGAUGAUACAGAGGUCAUCAGCAAACUUUUGGAGGCUGAUGAGGACACCAGUGAUGAAGAUUUCUUCUGUCCAGUUGAUACCUCAGGGAGUGAACGUCCUAGACGCUCCACAAGGCUAUGCUCUUCCUAUGAUAAUGAUAGUGAUCAAUCUUCAAUGUCUAUCGAAGAUGAUGAGUCUAAGGCACCACCGCGUCGUUCAUCAAGGCUCAGAUUCAGUUGCAGCGAUUUUUAUGACAGAGAUGCAGCAGGCCCUGAAGAGGGGGACGAAGCAGCAUAUCCUCUUGAGCAAUACCCCGUUGUUGCUAAUUGCACUUGUGAGAGUCCCAGCAAUGUGUAUGCAGCCCCCGAUGAUCUAACUGAGCCAGUGUUUUGUCAAGCCAUUGAGACAGUGGACGGCGUGAGGGUGGGAUGCUCGCACGCGGCCGCGCGACUCAACGGGGAGCUGCAACCGCUACGAAGGGCUGGGCCUCGCGCUCCAUACUUUCUGUCAUGUCGACUUCACGCUGCUCAGUUGCAGCGACACAUGUGCUGCGCCGCCUGUGGGCUGUUCUGUGCACAGGGUAUAUUCUACCAGUGCUCAUUAGGGCAUUUAUUCCACAUUGAAUGUGGUAUAAUGGGUAGCGUGGAGCGUUCCGGCGAGGUGAAGCAGCAACCGGGCUGUCCACAUUGUGGUGUGCACUCGGUGCAUUGGCAACCCGCUAACAGAGAUUGCAGCCGGGUGAAGAUUGAGAUGCACUGCAGUGGCAAGCGCGUGUUUCUGUCUGAGCAGCGUGAGCAGUCGACUCCAGCCUAUGUCACUUUCCCCAAAAUAGAUCCAUCUGUUAUGGAUCAAGGCCCAUUCAUCCCUGAGGACUUGCUGCCUUCUCCACCAGUGGACUUAAAAAAGUUGUGUAAAGAAAGCAGUAUUGAGAGUGAAGAAACUCAGGCUUCAAAAAUAGAGGCUUUACACGACGCUAUUAUUGCUGGAGAGACCGCAGAGCAGUUAAUACCUAAAAUUGUUGCGGCGAAAAGCGACGGCUUAGAUGAAGCAAUGUGUAUUGCAGCGAGCCAUGGACGAGUUGGAGCGCUAUAUUUGCUUCAUUUUGCUGGCGCAAAGCUAGACGCUGUUGAUUCGACACAGCGUACUCCGCUUCUGAGAGCGAUUCUUGCAUUAUUAGAGAAAUCUAAAACAAAAGCCGAUGAAGCUGAAAAAGACAAUGAUGGUCCAAAAACGGAAGCGAUUGAAGUAGAAAAUAAUGAAACAGAAGAGCAAAAAGAUGAAGGUGGUAACGAAACAAAAGAAGAGGAACAAAAGAAUGAGACUAAAGAACUGAAGGCUCCUGUUGUGAACACAAGCGAUGAUGAUCUAAUGAAAGUAAUAAGAUACUUGGUGGCCGCUGGUUGUGAUGUCAAUCUUCCUGGUCCAGAUGGUAUGUCGGCGCUGCACAUAGCAGCUCAAUAUGGUGGGUCUGCAGUUUGCAAAUUACUGUUAGACGACGGUCACGCCUUAGUGGACGCGCGAGACGUCGGUGGCUGGACACCACUCGUCUGGGCUGCGGAGAAUUCACACUCUGAUGUCGUCAGAAUACUGUUGGACCAUGGAGCGGACGCAGUGGCGUUGGACAAGGAAGGCAACGCGGCGGUGCACUGGUGCGCGCUGCACGGCGACGCGCGCGCGCUGCGCCUGCUGCUGCACGCCGCGCCGCACGCGCACGCCGCGCUCAACGCGCACGCCGACACGCCGCUGCAUGUUGCGGCCCGUCAAGGCCAUUAUGCAUGCGUGGUCAUAUUACUCGCGAGAGGAGCUAGGACGGACAUGGAGAAUUCUGCAGGUGAGCUGCCAGUGGAAGUGUGCUCAGGCCAAUGUCAGACGGCUAUCUCUAUCAACAUGCAAAUGGCUCUCGCCGUCUCCGACAAACCUUUGCGAUGCCGAUUACUAUCAAACGACAUCUCCAACGGACGUGAACUGUAUCCAGUUUCGUGCGUGAACGAGAUAGACGACACGCCGCUGCCCGACGACUUCACGUACGUGACACGGCACGUGACGCCCAGCCCCGUGCCCGUCGACACGUCGCUCAGCACGCUCCAGGGCUGCGAGUGCCGUUCGGGCGAGUGCGGGAGCACAUCGUGCGCCUGCAGUUUGCUGGGCGUGCGUAACUGGUACAGUGGCGGCCGCCUUUUGCCGGGGUUCCCCUUCCAUGACCCCCCCAUGCUGUUUGAGUGCAACGAAACAUGCGCGUGCAACUUGCGGCAGUGCAGCAACCGCGUGGUGUCGCGCGUGGAGGCGGGCGGGUCGCUGGGCGUGCGUGCGCAGGUGUUCCGCAGCGCGCGGCGCGGCUGGGCGCUGCGCACGCUGCAGCGCGUGCGCCGCGGGGCGCCCGUCGCGCUCUACUGCGGCGAGCUGCUGCCGCGAGCGGUAGCUGACCAGCGUCCGCGCGAUCAGUACAUGUUUGCGCUCGACCUCAAGCCCGACCUGCUGGAGGAGUGCUCGCUGAAGCAGCAGCUGUGCGUGGACGCGGCGGCGUACGGCAGCGCGGCGCGGUUCGUGAACCACAGCUGCCGCGCGGCGCUCGUGCCCGUGCGCGUGUUCACGCGGCGCCGCGACCUGCGCCUGCCCGUCGUCGCGCUCUUCGCCGCCCGCGACCUGUCCGCCGGCGAGGAGCUCACGUUUGACUAUGGUGACGAAUUCUGGGCGGUAAAAUCCAAGUGGAUGAAGUGCGAAUGUGGAACUCCGGAAUGUAGGUAUCCCACCAAGUCUAGUGAAGAUUGA